CAGCAAUGAGACAUCUAUAGUUUAAGGUGACAGAACAGGGUCAGGGACAUCCUGACCAUCCUUAUGGGGAGAUACUGCUGUGAGGUAGGCAGUACCCAUCCUGAAUUCCAGUCAUUGGACAUGGUCUUAGCCAGGAAGGGCACCCUCGGACAAAGCCCAGACUUUCUGUCCUCAAGAACCUGAACACACUCUGACAGAUAAGAGGAGACACAGUAAGGCUGGACACUGGUAGAUUUGACUAGAGACAGAAGGAGCACUCAUGGCAUCUGGUCUGCAUGUCAAGCCCUUCUGAUGGACAUCCACAAAGAUAAGCUGGCUGGGAGAAGGGCAGGACUGGAGUUAGGAGAGGCCAGGGAGCCCUGAAGGCCCAACAAUCUCAUCUCCAUCUGUCUCGUCGCCAAUAAACUGCUUCUUGUCUGAGGCCUGAUCUGUGUGUGUGUCUCGCAUGUUUGGGGGUUGAAAAGGUGUAGAGGGGCCACCACAGGCCCUCAAGUUAUGUGUAAACUUGUGUGGUUCCGUGCCAUCUUUGUGCCUAUUAAAUACAUGGGUUGGCUUGGCAUAGUAGUUUUCUAGGUCCAACAUCGGGUUCAGAAACGUCUGCCAGGCCCAUCAAAUGAUGCCCCAGGCCUGAGGUCUGACUGCCCACAGGCGCCGACUACACCGCGGCGUCCACCGGGACCCUUAAAAGGAAAAGUACACGACGCCGCAGAGCGAGGGCACGCGACACGGCUGUGGGUGUGGCACGCGCCUUCGGGUGUGUAUGUAUGCCCAGGAGCACUGCUGCUAUGGCGACCAGUACCAGGCGAAAUGCAGCGGAGCACAGUCUGGCGCAGGCGCAAAAGGCCUGGACUAUGAGAGACCGCCUACGGGGACACUGGGAAACACUGAGACCCCAUCUCCCUGAGACCGUUUUUUAGAUAUCUAGGAACAGAUCAUUAAGGGAGGGCAAAGUGGUUACCUUCUUCUCCACAGGAAAAAGCAACCAUAUUUCCCAGUAUCCCACGCGUCGUUAGAAGCGGGACUCCAAUUCCUAGCCUUUUCCAAGGAGGACGCCAAUUGGAAGGAAGGGAAAAAGGAACCGGCCUGAUUGGCUAAGGACCAAAAAGACUAGGAGGGCGGUUCAACCAUCUAAUCAAUGAAGUACAUGAUUGUUUUGCAACUCCCGCCUCUUGGAGCAUUUCAGCUAAUCGUUGAAAGAGAAUGGGCCCUGAUGGAAGUUCUCGCGACAUCUUAACCUAAGGACUGGCUUCCCUAGAAACCAAUGAGAGUGGGCUGCGGUGCAGCUGCUCCCGGUCCUCUCACCUCUCCCGAGUUGUCUCCACGUUCCGAACUCGAGCGUUUUGCUUUCCGGGCUGGGGUUUAUUGCGCGCGCACACACACGUAGCUCUGAACGAAAACCUUUUUGGAAGGCCCUGCAUGCUGGUUUCCUCUAUCCCCCUCCCUACCACCUUGGCCUCCAAGCCGGCCUGCCGUGAACUUUCUAAAAUUACAUCAGACCAUGUGACAACCCUGUUCAAACAAAACCCUGCCAUAUCUCCCUGGUUUCCUCUCUGUAAAGCGUAACUCAUUAGCUGGCAUUCAGGUCCUUCCACUUGUGUGGUUUCAGUCUCGCGCUUCUUAAAUACGCUGUUUCCUUGGAAGGCUUCCCCUGCUCCUUGAUAACCUCUGCUUUCAGAACAUCGAGAGCUUCUUGAGAAUCAGCUUGGGGCCAGACGCCUCGGUCUUCUAGGCCCCUCCCACCCGGGGGCGGGCUCGGUGUUCGGACCAAUGACCGGCCGCUCCCGGGGCCCCGCCCCCUCCCCUCCCCGGGAGCCGCGGCCUCGCAGAGUGCUCAACCGCCGGGCGCCCAGGCCUGGAGCUGCUCGAACGCCGAGCGUGCGGCUGGACAGCAAGAUGCCUGGUGAACAGCAGGCAGAGGAGGAGGAGGAGGAAGAGAUGCAGGAAGAGAUGGUGCUGCUGGUGAAGGGUGAGGAGGAUGAGGGUGAGGAGAAGUACGAGGUGGUGAAACUCAAGAUCCCCAUGGACAACAAGGAGGUCCCGGGCGAGGCGCCCGCUCCGUCUGCAGACCCGACACGCCCACACGCGUGCCCGGACUGCGGCCGCGCCUUUGCGCGCCGAUCUACGCUGGCCAAGCACGCACGCAUUCACACGGGCGAGCGGCCCUUCGGUUGCACUGAGUGCGGCCGUCGCUUCUCGCAGAAGUCGGCGCUGACUAAGCACAGCCGCACACACACGGGCGAGCGGCCCUACGAGUGCCCCGAGUGCGACAAGCGCUUCUCGGCGGCCUCGAAUCUGCGGCAGCACCGGCGGCGCCACACUGGCGAGAAGCCGUACGCAUGCGCGCAUUGCGGUCGCCGCUUCGCGCAGAGCUCCAAUUACGCACAGCAUCUGCGCGUGCACACGGGCGAGAAGCCGUACGCGUGCCCGGACUGCGGGCGCGCUUUCGGCGGCAGCUCGUGCCUGGCGCGCCACCGACGCACGCACACGGGCGAGCGGCCGUACGAAUGCGCCGACUGUGGCACGCGCUUUGCGCAAAGCUCGGCGCUGGCCAAGCACAAGCGGGUGCACACGGGCGAGAAGCCGCACCGCUGCGCUGUGUGCGGCCGCGGCUUCGGCCACCGUUCCAACCUGGCGGAGCAUGCGCGCACGCACACUGGCGAGCGGCCCUACCCGUGCUCAGAGUGCGGCCGCCGCUUCCGCCUCAGCUCGCACUUCAUCCGGCACCGGCGCGCGCACAUGCGGCGUCGCCUGUUUAUCUGCGCCGGAUGCGGCCGGGACUUCAAGCUACCCGCUGGCGCCACGGCUGCGACUGCCACAGAGCGCUGUCCCGAGUGCGAGGGCAGCUGAGCCGCCUUCCUGUUGCCGCAGGGCUGUGGGCGUUUGGCUCGGAAGGGGCAUGAUGCAGCCCCGACUUGGAGGCAGCAGUAACGUGGACACUCCUAGGGAGGGGCCUGGGGAAGUGGGAAGGCCUGGCUGCCCUGGAACUGAGAGAAACCCUGACGGGCCCCUGGGAACUGCCCAUCUCCCCCUCACCGUAUUUCUUUGGCCGUGUUAGUGAAUAAAGUAUUAUAUCUUCACCCCA